UCCCUUCGGCGCCAGCCUGGCCCGGAGGAAACGCGCGAGGGGCGUCAUAGCCAGGCCGAGUCCUCCGAGCAGACUUUGGGCCAGAGGUUGCCCGGCGGGAGAGGACCCCUAGACACCCUAGCUGAGCCCGGAACUUUGGGGCGCCCCCAAACGUGGACGAGAGGGCAGCCCCAAGCUCCCGCGUUGCAGCAUCUACUGGUGGUCUCCAGGAAUAUUAUUAUGAUCUAUGUAUGGAAAAGUCCCAGGAAAUUAAACCUUUUAUAUUGCAAAUACUCCAAGAAGUGGAUGAAGAAAUUGAAAAGGGAUCGGUAGGAAUCACAUUAAAUAUUGCUGGUAACAGUCGCUCACUAUCAGGAGAAAGAGUAACAGGUGAAGAUUUCUGGAUUCUUUGCAGAGUUUUAAAGAAUAAUUCAUAUAUUAAUGGUUUGGAUGUUAGAUACAACCUCCUAAGUGAUGUUGGCGCGUACUAUGCUGCAAAACUGCUCCAGAAACAACGUAAUCUCAUUUACUUAAAUCUUAUGUUUAAUGACAUUGGGCCUGAAGGUGGAGAACUGAUUGCUAAAGCCCUACAUAAGAAUAGAACUCUGAAACACCUAAGAAUGACUGGAAACAAGAUUGAAAAUAAGGGUGGAAUGUUUUUUGCUGCAAUGCUACAAAUUAAUUCAUCCUUAGAGAAAUUAGAUCUGGGUGACUGUGAUCUGGGAAUGCAAAGUGUGAUAGCAUUUGCUACAGUCCUAACUCAAAACCAAACAAUUAAGGGAUUAAACCUAAACCGACCCAUACUGUAUGGUGAACAGGAAGAGUCUACAGUUCACCUAAGCCACAUGUUGAAAGAAAAUCAGUGCCUUAUUGAAUUACAUAUGUGUAAACAUGAUAUAAAAAACUGUGGUAUGAAACAGUUAUGUGAUGCACUCUAUCUGAACAGGAGCCUACAAUACCUUGAUGUAAGCUGCAAUAAAAUAACUCAGGAUGGAAUGAAGUGUUUGGCCGAUGUUCUGAAAAGCAAUACUACCCUGGAAGUAAUAGAUCUUUCUUUUAACAGAAUGGAAAAUGCAGGAGCAAACUAUCUCAGUGACGCUCUUGCUUCACACAACAGGACUCUUAAAGCGUUGUCAGUGGUGAGCAACAACAUAGAGGGAAAAGGACUUGUUGCACUUUCACAAUCAAUGAAAACAAAUCCUACACUCUCUCAUAUCUACAUCUGGGGAAACAAAUUUGAUGAAGCUACAUGUGUGGCAUAUUCAGAUUUAAUUCACACAGGCCGUCUAAAAUCAGACAAUACAGAUGUGGAGCCGUUUGUGGUGGAUGGACACGUGUACCUUGCAGAAGUCUCCAAUGGCCUUAAAAGGCAUUAUUACUGGACACCAGGUUAUGGAGAAGCUUGCAGCCCAUCAUCUAAUGCAGGUUUUUCUCUUGCACCAGUAGGUCAACAUUUAUGAAAAACAAACUUUAAAGUAAUUUUCAUCUAUGUGUCUGAUUACUUUUCAGAUACUAAUAUUUUAUUGUCUAUUAAAUUUUUUCAUAGAUUAUAAGAAGUUACUUUUGUUAGACAGGUAAAAGAUACUAAAUUCUAAACUGUCCAUUGUGAAAAACUGAGUAGUGUACAAAAAAAGUUUACAAAAUAGGGACCAAAAUUUGAACACCUGGAGAAGGAAAUCAAGUAACUAAUUUCUUUUUAUAAAGAAAAUACACCCAAAGAGUAAAGCAGUAUAGAAGGAAAGGUCAUUCUAGGUACCCUAACUGAAAGUUGUCAUGAAGUAAAACGGUUUCAGGGGGCAGAUUCCAGGGACCAUCAAGGGGUUUAGAGGUUGAAAAAGUAUUUAAGGUAUUUUAUAGAUGGGUUUUGGUAUAAUUUCACAAAUACAGACAAAUAUAUAUAAACAGACACACAUAUAAAUACAUAUAAGUGUAUACUUUACAAACAUGUCAGUGCUGCCAGUGAACUUUUAGAAGAGAAUUCUCUUUUGGAGGAUGCCACUAACAUUUUAAUGAUUUGAUGGCAAAUAAUUACCCUUGUUUGUGGCCAGCUGUUUUCAAAUUAAGAUUUCUACAAAGAGGCAAUAGACACUAUGAUCCUUUGAUUACAGACUCAUGUUCACAAAUUUAUUCAUAUAUACCACUUAACUGUUUAACCUGAAUGAUUACUGCUAAAGCCAGGCAAAGUGUGAGGAAAAAAAACAACCGUGGACAACUUAAAGAGGUUACUCUAAGUUUUGCACCUAAAAGGAAAAACCAUCUGUCUCUAAAUGUUCUGAGUGAAGAGGUGAAAUAAAGGCAGUGGUCAGUUUUACAGUUGUCAAA